UUGCGCAUGCUCUGCCGUCUCGCGCCGCCUGAGUAGUGAGGAGAGCAAAGUCCUGUCAUGGAAGAUGCAGCAUCGCCCGGGGGGACCCAGGGAGUCACAGAAAACCAAGGAGUUCUGUCGGCGGCAGGUCGGGGAGGAGCCCUGGUGGAGCUCACCCCGAAUCCCGGCGGCCUGGCCCUGGUGAGCCCCCACCGCACCCACCGGGCCGGGGACCCUUUAGACCUCGUGGCGCUCGCAGAGCAGGUGCAGAAGGCUAAUGAAUUCAUCAGAGCAAAUGCCACCAACAAACUGACAGUCAUAGCUGAGCAAAUCGAACAUUUGCAAGAACAAGCCAGGAAAGUUUUGGAGGAUGCUCGCAGAGAUGCUGACUUGCACCAUGUAGCCUGUAACAUGGUGAAAAAACCUGGCAACAUUUACUACCUUUAUAAACGGGAGAGUGGUCAGCAAUAUUUUUCCAUUAUUUCUCCAGAGGAAUGGGGGACGAGUCGUCCACAUGACUUCCUUGGUGCCUACAAGCUACAGCACGACCUGUCCUGGACUCCGUAUGAGGACAUUGAGAAGCAGGAUGCUAAAAUCAGUGUCGUGAACAAGUUGCUAAACCAGCCAGUGGCUCUGCCUCCAAGCACUGAACCCAACUUCCAGGGGUUCAGGUCCACUGAGAGUGGACUCUGACAAAGGCCAUCAGGACAUGGACCUGUCACCUUGUUGCCCCAACCUCUGCCCUGGUGGGAGGUAGCAAGAGAGACGAAGGUGUGUGGGUGAAUCAUGAACUUCUUUGAAGGCGAGCCUGUGAGAAUGGAAAUGCUGUUGUUAUUACUUCUGUGUGGGAUGGUAGAAUCAUAUCAGUCUCUCCUGGGAUCCUCUCUGGGUCACAUGUACCCAACCAGUCAGUUUCAGAGGACCAGCCAGUGUACUUUCCUUCUCCUUCAUCUCCAUCUGUUCUCUCAUGAGUUAGAACGUUAAAGAAGGAAAGUUUUCUUCUUCCUGCAAAACAGGCUGGCGAGUCAUUUUCCAGAAACACUGUUAACAGUCUUUUGUAACUAGAAGUGUUUAAGAUUGGGAUUGAGGCUAUUUAACAGUUUGUGUAACUCUAGCUUCAGAUUCAUCUGGGAAGCAGGCUACUGGGUACUGGAGGAUGAUAAACAGCCUGGCUUGGCUAGCGAUAGUGUGUAAUUCCGGGGUGUGUGUGUGUGUGUGUGUGUGCGUGUGUGCGCGCGCGCGUGCACGAAGUUGCUACAGUCAUGUCUGACUCUGCCGCCCUAUGGACUUCUACACAGUUGAUAAGGUCUGGCUUACUUCAUGCUACUCCCUACGUUGACCACUAGGUGGUGCCAUUGUGAUUUCCUGGUUAAGCCAAGUUACCAAGUUCAGAGAAAGGAGCAUUGUGAAGUUAUUUUGGAGGUAGCAUCUCCUAGAGUGACUAAUACCCAGUGAUUAUAUACAUUUUUCAUUUACCCAUCCAUCCACCCAUCCAUAAGUAAAUAAUACUUAAUUACUAAGUAUUAAGUGCCUUCUAGUUUCCAGAUUCUGGAGAAUGACACAGCUGAGUAAGACAGGCCCCUGUUUCCAGGAAGCUCACAAUCUAGUUGGGGAGAAAGUCAGUCAGUCAUUACAGCAUAGUAUAAAAAGGCUAUGAUGGAAGUACACAUGGAAUAUCAUGGCGCACCAAGGAGAGCUACCUAACUCAGCUUAGAGAACUUGAGAAGACUUGGAGGAGCUGACACCUGCUUGGGAACUGAAAAACAAGAGUUAGAGCUUAUCUGGAGGGUACCAACUGUCCUCUCUAUGGGAAGGGUGUCUUUCUGGGUAGGGGGAGGGUUCGUUUUUGGAUAGAAUUUAUUUGUGAAUGAACAAAGGAAUAUCCACUUAACAAGCCACAUCAACCAAAAUAAUCCUGCCAGUCACAAAGAGUGGACUGAGAUAUCUCCUGACCAGAACAGUCUUCUAACAGCUAGGAGAUAGGUAGAUGAAUAGGAUGAUAAUUCUAGGCAAAAAAAAUUGCACGUGAGGGACAUUGACAAGAAUUCAUAUAACAUUUGGGGAAUUGGAGCUAGUUUAAAGUGAAGAGUAUUGGCCGGGGGGUGUGAGAAAAGAGCUUACUGAAGGACUGGGAUAGGGAGUUAAUAAAAUUGACCUUUUAGAAACCUCAUUUUGACAACAGAGGAUGAGUGGAGGCAAAACCUCUAUGAGCCUUCAUCCCAGUCCAGGCAAGAGAUAUUGGAGGUCUGAGUUAGAGGUGCUGUAUUUUAUCGAUCUUAAGAUAUACUUUUCUUCCUCCACAUUUAAUCUCUUGAGACCUGGAUGCUUCUAGAAGUCAGUGGUAGGUCAUUGUUUAAGUGGCAGCAUUUUUUUUCUUUCUUAUAGCUACAUGAAAUAAUCGUGUGUCUUAACAAUGGAUGCCAUCUUAGGCUUGAUGAAGUGUGGCAUUUAGAAAGUACAGUAGAUCACCAUCUUGUUAACUGGUACCACGUGGCAGAAAGAAUGGAAGGAAAGACUGUUAGGUAACGCUAGAAUCUCUAGCUUGAGUGUGUGGAUGGUAGGAAUGCACUAACAAAAUAACAGAAAAGUAAGACAUCCCUGAUAAUUUUCCAAAAUAAUUAGCAAUCUGGUUGGCCCUGCCUAGGUUCACUGAGUAUAAGUAACAACUGACUGGACCUCCCAGUCUCCUAUGAGGGCUCUAGAAGGAGGGAAAGGAGGCCUGAUUGUGUCUUUGGCUUCUGAGUCAUCAGUCCACAAGCACUGAGAUCACUGGUGGUACAGAUUCAGAGAUGAUAAAUACUGUUUAGUGAGCUCUUUUUCUGCCAGGCAUAGCCAUUGUCUGAUUUAAUUUUAUAUAAUCACCAUCUAUAAGGUAUUAUAUGGUAUUCCUGUUUUACAGAGCUGGAUCAUCUCAGAGAUUUAAGUACCUGACCUGUGAUUAUAUAGGUACAAAGUGCUAGAGGUCAAGUUCAGACAUUCCUGUUUAGUUCAUAUCCAUAAGCUGUUCUGGCUGAUUAAGACAGUCCUAGAAGAUCUCCUCAUAGAAGUGUGAAGAAAUAAAUAGAAAAGUGGCAGAGUAACGUGUGUAGGGGAUACUGUGGAAGUAGUUCACUUGAGUAUUUAGUGAUGAACAUGCAAAGGGUGUAUAUCAAAGUCUGAGGAAAUUAAGUAACUUACCUAAGGUCACACAACUUAAGAAUAAAGAAUAAUUGAGCCCACACUUCUAGCAUGAAAGCCCAUGUGCAGAACCCCCCUCCCCCCCACACACACAAGAUGAGGUGCAUCUACCCUAAAGAACCUGGAGCUUGGGAGGAAGGAGACUGAGUGCUUGGAGUAACUGGACCUCUGUAGUCCAAGCAGCAUUCGAUUCGUGGACUACUCCCUUCUUAAAAGCUUUGUUCUUCAUUUUGAUUUGGAAUAUUACCAUCUUCCGCUUUA